UCGCGUUCCUUCCGUACUAGUCGACAUUAUCGCGUGUCGCUGUACGGACGUGUUGGUCUGCGUACGGACGCGACAACCACGCGGUUUUGCGGCUUUCGCACUUGACCGUAUCAACUAACAAAAAAAGCUUCAGUAAAAAAACAAAACCGAACAGUAUCCAUUGAACAAACUUCCGCAUUUCAAGUUUUGUGAAUGAGUGAAUGAUUUUCAGUGAACCGUGCAUUUGAGGUCGUCAGAAGAUGAACUAAAAGCCACAAUGAACAUGAGCAACGACGGUGUCACGUGAUGUAGACAGACAUGCAGGCAGACUUCAAUAGAAAUAGAUUAAGAAAUAGUGUUAGUGACUAAAGUGCUAUUAACUGACAAUUGUCUCAUAAAUAUUAAGUUACAGUGAGUGUAAGUUAACUACAGUCAUGGAGUAUCAGAGACGUCUUCUGGUCUACAUUUCAAUAUUCAUUGCUGUGUGUCUGAAACCACUAACAUACGCACAAACAAGCACAGAAGUUGGAUUACAACAACACACGACGCAAGCGACGCGAACGAACGUAACGACGUACGCGUGGAGCUCGUGGGGUGCGUGGAGCGCGUGCUCCAGAACUUGCGGCGGCGGCGUCGCUGUACAGGAGCGACACUGCCUUCCGAGAGAUCCCACUAGAUGGCGACGCAGCAGAAAAAGAAGAAAGCUCGUGAGAAGCGCGGAACGCAUACGUCGGACGCGGAACACAGGCGUCGUUAACGCACCUGACUGUGCCGGCCUCGGUCGACGCUACCACGAGUGUAAUACUGCGCCAUGUCCGGGUCCAGCCCGGGACUCAAGGUCCGAGCAGUGUGCGGUGUACGACCGCAGGCCCUUCCGAGGGAGGUUCUACACGUGGGUGCCGUAUGUUGACGGGAACGCCCCUUGUAUCCUAAACUGCCGGCCUCGCGGUCAACAGUUCUACGCAUCACUAGCUUUAGUAGCCGACGGCACUCCCUGUACGAAGCCUGGCUUCCGAGCGAUAUGCGUGCAGGGUUCCUGUAAAGUAGUGGGCCGUGAAGAUGUCUUAGCAUCUACAGCGACGCGCGACGUGCGCUGUGGACGACGUCUAGUCUCCGGGCUCUUCUCACGUCCACGCCUGCCCUUGGGCUAUUCCUACGUGACGACCGUCCCGCGUGGCGCUUGCAGACUCAACGUCUCUGAAAUCGUCUCCAGCGAGAAUUAUAUCGCACUGAGGGUAUCCAAUGGGUCAUACAUCGUGAACGGAGAGUUCGCAGUGAGCGCCCCGGGCACCUACGAGGCGGCUGGCGCACGAUUUAUAUACUCCCGAUCUGCCAGCCUCGACAAUAUAUUUGCGAUGGGACCCAUACACCAGCCAAUCGAUAUCUUGGUCCUUUACACUCAACCGAGUCCGAAUAUAAAAUACGAAUACCUUACUGAUUCAUCUCAAGAUGAAACUAGUAACGAUAUUCCGACUGCGAACAGCAUUCCUGUCCAUCAUCCAGUGCCAAGACACCAUCGUCACCAUAAUUCUGAAUCUCAUACGAGAACCUUGGAUAAAUCCGGCCCUUCAUUGUCAAACCCAGGGGAAUCCAACUCUGUUGAGAACCAGUAUCAAAUAGAUAGUAAUAUUAUUGGAGACAGAAAGUUUAUGUGGAAGAUUUUGUCGUACACGCAAUGCUCGAGGACUUGUGGGGGUGGACUUCAGAUAGGGAAAUUCAAAUGUGUGGAAGUUAGUGAUAAGGAGGAUCGUGAGAUUUCUCCUGUUCACUGCACGGGAUCGCCGCCUUCUUCCCGUCGCAGAAGAUGUGGCGUAACGCCUUGUCCGCCACGUUGGAGGGCUGCAGCUUGGGGACCUUGUCCUGUUUGUGGACCAGCACAUCGAACUAGGAUCGUGGGAUGUGUACAAGAUCAUGCUCGAGGAAUAACAAAGAUAAGUGACCAAAAAUGUCCCCUGCCAAUGCCACCAAGUAAAGAAGUAUGUGAUGUCCCCAAUUGUGAUGGCACGCCUAACACCAGAGACACACCACGUCUUGAUGCUCGUCGCCAAGUGCGACCAAACGACCAUGUUGAUACGUUCCGUGAGGGGCCAGUGCUAUCACUCGUGUCCAAUGUGUCGGAUAAUGAAAUAAGCCACGUUAAACCAUUCAGUUUCAGUGCGGUUGGAGGAUGGCUGUAUACAGAGUGGUCAGAGUGUGUAGGAUGGUGUGUUGGCGGAGGAGUACAAUCUCGAGGAGUUCGCUGCGCAGAUCCUAAUGGAUGUGGUGCGCAUCGGGCUCCCCACUCCUCCCAAACAUGUUCACCUAGAAAACAAUGCGAUGCGCAGUGGUUUACGGGUGACUGGUCUCCAUGCACAACGACAUGUGGUGGACGUCAAAUUCGAGGAGUUAUUUGUAUCGGAAGCAAUGGAAGGAGGCUGAGAGACGCUUCAUGCAGAGCUUCCAAGCCUGAAACAGAAAGGUCUUGUGGAGGAACUUGCUCACCCUCCUGGUACCUUAGUGAUUGGGGAGAGUGCACCGGUCCCUGCGAAGCCGCCAUACAAACUCGCACGGUAUGGUGCGCACGCGGUGGCGCAGAGGGCGCCAGUGGUGCGGCCAGGGACGCGGACUGCGCGGGAGUGCGCCCGCCGGCGAGACGCUCGUGUGUGCCGCCGCGAUGCUCCACGCGGCCUGUGGUCAAACCUGCCAUUAUUAGUUCUAUCUCAUCAGAUCCACAACAGCGAGUAACCAGACACCAAAGCCAAACUCAAAACGUCAAGCAGCGUUCGUUUAGUACUAACGGCGCAUGCGUAGAUAAGCUCAGUAACUGCGCACUGGCGGUGCAGGCGCGCCUGUGCCACUACCACUACUAUGGUGACAACUGCUGCCACUCUUGCCAUGGACGGUAGACGUCAUCUUCAAGCCCAUCACAGACACGUAGUACCGUUAGAAGAAUCGGAAGGAGUUGACUCAUAGUAUUGUGAUACAGAUGGACACGUAAUAAAAAUACACAUACUUAUUAUUAGAUACUUAAUUCGAGUACUAUUGAGAAUGUAAAACACUUACACUACCUAAUAUACACUGUAAUUGACAAAAAAAUUACUUAAUUAUAAUAACAAGUAAAAAAUUGCCUUGCCACUAUUAACUUUAAUCUACAAAAUUUGACACCUUAAGACCCUAAUCAGGUACCUAGGUACUACAGAAUACUGGUUAAUUUAUACGUUACAUAAAAUUACACAUUUUUGUCCUUUCUCAACAAAACAAAUUGUCGAAUAAUAUUGUUCAUUUGUAUCUCUUUAAGUUAGGAAUAGUUUUGUGAUCUCCAGUUUAUAGAGUUUCUGAAGUAAUGUGAUUUCUUCCUUUUGUAUCUUUAGAUUUUGAUAACAUUAUAUUUAGGAGAAAUUAAUUCAAAACUAAAGCACCACGAAAGGCAGAUAUUAGAUACGGAUUUAAGAAUAUUAUUUUUUCAUAAAAAAAACAAUAAUCAAGAAAUGUUUACUCUUAAAUAUUUAUAUCGACGCACAUUGUUUACAAUUUUCUGCACAGUAAAGUAGAUUGCCUGUUGAAUUAUCACCGAAUUUCAAGGAAUAAAUUUUUAAUUAAUUAACAUUAGAGAUUCAACAAAAAAUUGUAUUAUAAUAAGUUAGUUAACCAUUGAAACUGUUCUAUAGAUUUAGUCAUUAAAUGUAGGCUAUGUUCUUAGAUUACUGUUUUAUAGUAUUCCUUAGUAAGUUUAUUGUAACAAAGAACAAUAUGUUUCUAUUUGUAGCUUUUAGAUACAAUGACAUUGUGUUCAUUAUUUAUUGAUUCUGAUUGUGUAAACAAAGAAUUUGUCCUUUGAGGCAGUGCCACAUAACGAGUUAGACGAUAAAUCAAGGAGUGACAUUGAAUCGUUAAUUACCCGUAAAUCACGAAUGCGAAGCACUUCGAUCACGAAAUGUGCCUAUUCGUUAAUUUAAUCAUUUAUGUGAUUAGAAUUCUAAUUUUCGAAAUUUUAUAGACCACCGAAGCGCCAUUGCGAAUGAUCUGUUAUUUUUUUAUUAGAAUCUUGUCCUACCUACCUAUACGUAUUUUUUAAUUUACACUAUUAUUUGUAAUUUACAUGAACAUCUUUAUCAAAAGAAAAAAGUACAGUAGCUACGUCCCUAGUUUUUGUUAUUUAUGUUAAUGAUUAAAUUUGGCCGUUUUUCUUCACUCAGUUAACAGUGACGUAGUCAGAGAAGUCAGAAAAUUUAGAACACCCAAGUCGGGAUUCCAAGCUCAAUUUUGAAAUGAGGUUGAAUUCCAACAAGUUUGGAAUCCGUUUACCUUCGUCACAAGUAAAGCCCUCAGAUUACUGGUACAAAGUCAAACUAUGUCAUUUACUGAAAUAUUUAGAAUUAGCUGCUAUUCCGUGGCUCUGCAAUGAUUUAAAUAGUAUUGUAGUCAUCAGCUUAUCAAUAAUAUAUAAUAUAAUAUUAAUAAUAUUUUAUUAAUAUUAGUAUUAGUAAUUCUAUCAUAGGUGAAAAAGAAAUCCGUUUAGAAGAAACGCGCGUUUCAAUUAGCGCAGCGGAGGCGAGCGGCCUGACUUUACUUUAUAUGUAUUAUGUAAAAAAAUAAACAUGAAUUUUUGAGAAGGUUUUCAUAAUUAUGGUAUACAGGUAAUUUAACGAACCAUAAAUUGUAUUGGUGCAAAAAUAAUAAUUAGCAAAUGAAGGUUUUUUCACAAAUAGCUAUGAGAUUAAAAAUGCCUACUUGUGUUUUAAUUAAUCAGUUCGGUUCCAAUUCAAUCUACUGGUGUGGCACUGCAUUAAAAGCCAAAUUUUGUGUAAAUAUUUUACUUUAAUAUGUAUAGCGCAUUUAUUUACCGGCUGUAAGUAUUUAUGUAAUAGGUAACAAGUACAAUAAAUUAAACUGUACCAUCACAAUUAUGUUAAAAUUGGUUUCUAUACUAAUGUAACAGCCAAUACUGUCUGUACUAAUAAAGCGUGUAACAACGUACAAAAAUAAUAAGCUUUAAACACCAA